AUGGUAAUAAGCGAUAUGUCAAAAGCUUUCGAAGAAGUUCCAGGUCUGAAGGAGAUAGCCCCAAAAGAUGUAGGAGGAGAUUGUAAAUAUACAUUUGAAGAAAUAUGCGAAGGUAACGACAGCGUGUUAAGAAAUAUUCCCGCCAUUGCUGAGGAGUGGAAUAUUGCCGUUGAUGAAUCCAAACGACCACAAGAGGGCAAAUAUUCUUUCGGCACUUACAAGGAUCUCCCAAAAGACGCAAUGGGAACAGCGGGCACCUACGUGAAGUUGAAUGAUGAAAUUUGA